AUGAAGGUCAUUCCACCCAACUUUGGCUAUGUGGAGGAGGGCAUCUUUCGCUGUGGUGCGCCAGAGCCGCGCCACUACGGCUUUCUCUCAUCUCUGGGACUGCGCACAUGCAUUCUGCUCACGGACAUCCACGACGACGCCUUUGUGCACUGGCUGCAGGAGUCUGGGGUUACGAUCUUCUGCCCUCUCGUCAGCGAAUCACAGACUUGCGGCACGUUUCAUGGUGCGGCACAGGCGUACACACUCAUCACCGCAGCCGACGACGUCACGCGUGGGAACACGAUAGGUGCCUCGUCCACGGGACCCGCGAACGUGAAUGGGAGCAAUGUCAGCCAUGCUAAAGAGGAGGGUCUCGAAGGCACCACCGCCAGCUGCAGCGGUGCCGACGGCAACCGUCCGUACAUCGACUCGUUGGGCAAUGGCAACGCGAGUCACACCGAAGGCGAUGGCUGGCAGGAUGGCAACGGAGAGGGCAUAGAGGAGGACCGCGGCGUCUCCACUGCGGGCACGUCGAAUGCCGUGCGUUUCCUACAAGAAAACGUCGGCGACCGCCAGAAUAGCUCCAAAUUCUCGCCAGUACGCAUCCCGGCGCCGCUCUACUUCCCCGCCAACAGACUGCGCGACAACGGCGGCAGCAGUGGCAGCUUUGAGGCAGCGGCGCCGUCCUACGAGGGCAAGCUCUACGGUCUCAUGACCCUCUCCGAGGCGGUUGUCGUCAGCAUUCUGCACAUCCUGCUAGACCCGCAGUACUAUCCGCUGCUCAUCACCUGUUCCAAGGGACGCUACCGCUCCGGUAUUGUGUGUGGGUGUCUACGCAAGCUGCAGGGAUGGAAUCUCGUCUCCAUCCUCGAGGAGUACCGCCGCUUCGCCGGAAACAAGAGCCGCGCUGACAACGAGGAGUUCAUCGAGCUUUUUGACGAGGAGCUGGUGAGUUUGGAGCUCUCCGAUGGCCGUCGACCCACUAUCCUGUACAACGCGUGA